AUGAUGAAAUUAGCUUUAAGCUCGUCACGGAUCAAUAAGCCUCAACUGCUAGAAAUAAAUAGACUAAGCAAUAAAUAUCUUCACUUACGAAACACAUCAACACAGUCGCCAAAGCCAUUUGAGACAAUACCUGGCUUAUCGUCUUUACCUAUUUUGGGACCAUUGCACCAUUUUUUACCUAUCGUUGGGUCUCUCGGACCACAGAGGACAUUCUACGACCUGUCCAAAGUGUUGUACGACAACUUUGGUUCUAUCGUAAGGUUGAGUGGUAUCUUCGCCCGCGCAGAUUUCCUUGUCCUUUAUGACCCUGAAGAUUAUGACCAGGUCUACAGAGCGGAGGAUGUGACUCCAUCUCGUCCUGGCUUCCAAACCCUCAUAUAUUACAGAACUGAGUUAAAGAAAUCCGUGUAUGAUGGCGUUUACGGUUUAACUACCGCCGAAGGCGCUCAAUGGAGGGACUUCAGAACGAAGGUCAACCCUAUAUUUUUAAAACCAAAACUUGUAAAAAUAUACACUCCAGCUCUAAGCGGAAUCGCCGAUGACCUGGUCACGAGAUUUAUGAAACUGAAAGACGAUACUGCAACUUUGAAUAAGAAUUUCGAUGAGGAGAUCACCAAGUGGUCACUGGAGUCAGUGGCGUUCGUGGGGCUGGGUUCAAGAAUUGGGUGUUUGGAAGACGACCUGAAGGACGACGACCCCGCUAACACGCUGAUUCUGUGCGCGAAGGAAGUUUUAGAGUACACUUGGGACUUGGAGUUUAAACCGAACCCUUGGAGAUAUUUUCCCACGCCCAGCUUCAAGAAACUCAUGAGGACUUACGAAAGACAGUGGGAUACUAGUGCUCUAUUCAUAAAAGAAGCUAAAAGACAAAUAGAAGAACGAGACCACGAUGUGCCGGAUGAGGAUAAGAGCAUCAUCGAGAAGCUUCUGGCAGUGGAUGAGAAGGUGGCUGUAAUGAUGGCUAAUGAAAUGUUGCUGGCCGGCAUUGAUACAGUUGGCUUUGCAGUAACUUCCGUUCUAUACAACUUGGCGAUAAAUCCAGAAGCUCAAGGAAAACUUCGAGAAGAGAUCCUCACCGAGAAAAGUAAGAGAUAUUUGAAAGCGUGCAUCAAGGAAGCACUUAGACUCUAUCCCGUUGUGUCUGCCAAUCUGAGACGAACUACAAAGGACCAUAUUGUGAAGGGGUAUCUUAUACCUCCAGGGGUGGACGUCAUGGCUCCCAACGAGUUUCUCAGCAAAAUGGACAAGCAUUACCCGUCACCGAACGAAUUUUUACCAGAAAGAUGGUUGGCAGAGAAAUCGGAUCCUCUAUACUAUGGUAACACCCAUCCCAUGGUGACCCAGCCUUUUGGCUUCGGUGUGCGAUCGUGUAUAGGCCGACGGAUCGCUGAAUUGGAAAUAGAAAUUUUGAUGCAGAAAUUGAUUCGCGAUCUACACGUGAGCUGGACUGGCCCACCGAUCCAAGUUGGGACGAAGGUCUUGAACGUGUUCAAGAAACCUUACUACUUUAAGUUUGAACAGAUUUAG